UGGUGCUGGAGGAGUGCUGAGCCGCUGAAGAGAGGCAUCUCAGGGAGACUGCAGAGCUCCUAGCCCAUCUGCCUGACAGCUAUAAAACUGACUCAAGUUGACUUGGGAUAACCGCUAAGCAGCCUCCUCCUUGCUGGAAGCUGAAGGCUCUUGGCUGCCCUUUUGAAGUCUGAGGAGAGGGGUGGGGGAGAAGACGGGAGGAGAGAGAAAGUGUGUGUCUGCAAUUUCUGCACCUCCUCCUGCUCUGCUCCCUCUCAGUUUCGCCCCAGUCCUCCACCGACCAGAGCCUGUUGCACCUGGACCCUUGCAGCAUCUUUCCCCCCCCUGCACUUGAAAAAGCAAGCAUCUGGCUGUCUGGCUGGCUCUCACAUUCUCCAAGGAUGAAGAGAAUCAAGGGGACCUGGGAGUGCAGCUUUAUUGGCGACUGCACUCACCUGAAAGGGGCUCUUGCAUUCGCACUCUUCAUAGGGAACGUUGCCCUGGUGAUAUCACAAGAGAACCUUCAGGCAUCCAACAGCCUUGAGGAAGGCAGCGACAUCACUGCCCACUGGUGGGGCGAGUGGACCAAGUGGACGGCUUGCACCCGGACGUGUGGGGGAGGAGUCAAAUCCCAAGAGAGGCACUGCUUGCGGCAGAGAAAGAAGUCUAUGACGGGGCUCGCUAAUAAAACAUGCACUGGGACAUCAAAAAGAUACCAGCUAUGCAAAGUGCAACAGUGUCCCCCGAAUGGCAGGAGCUUCCGGGAGCAGCAGUGCACAUCCUUCAACUCCCACAUGUACAACGGGCGGACGUAUCAAUGGAAGCCAUUGUAUCCUGAUGACUAUGUCCACAUCUCCAGCAAGCCCUGUGAUCUCCACUGCACAACCAUCGAUGGUCAAAGGCAGCUCAUGGUCCUGGCUCGGGACGGGACGUCCUGUAAAUACUCCGAUUUCCGUGGGGUUUGCGUUUCUGGAAAAUGUGAGCCCAUUGGAUGUGACGGGAUCCUGUUCUCAACUCACACGUUGGACAAAUGUGGUGUUUGUCAAGGAAAUGGGAGCAGCUGCACUCACGUGUCCGGGAGUUACAGAAAGGGAAAUUCACAUCUUGGCUAUUCUCUGGUCACACACAUCCCCGCCGGAGCAAGAGACAUCCAGAUCGUUGAACGGAAGAAAUCUGCUGAUGUUCUGGCUGUUGCGGAUGAAGCUGGCUACUACUUCUUCAAUGGGAACUACAGAGUGGACAGCCCCAAAAACUUCAACAUCGCAGGGACUGUUUUCAAGUACAGGAGACCAAUGGACAUUUAUGAAACUGGCAUUGAAUACAUUGUGGCCCAAGGGCCAACCAAUCAAGAUUUGAACAUUAUGGUCUGGAACCAAAACGGUAAAAACCCAUCUAUAACCUAUGAAUAUACCCUUCUGAGGAAGCCGCAUUCAAAAAACGUCCAGCCCAUUUAUUACACCUUCUCCGAGUCGGACAGUGGAGAAAGCAGAGAGAUUGAUGCAGAAGAGCCUCUGGGUUUUGUUCAGCACAAUGCAAGUUUCUUUGGAACCCUCUCCAAAGAGAAGAUCCAUCUGGAAAACCAGGUGUUUGGAAGGAAGGACACCAUUGAAGACCUAGACUUGAGCAAAAUCCAAGAGACGAAUGAAGUCUAUGAAAGAACAGAGAGCAAUGACUGCGACCCAACUCUGAAGGGCAAACAGGCCAAAGAUUCAAAUGCAACCCAAUCCAAUUACAUGGUGGACGGAAUUGGGAGAGAUUUUGACUCCAGACUUGCAUCCAAAGAAUUCCUUUCUGAAAAUGCUAUCACCCAUAAACUUUUGGAAAAGACAUCAGACUCAAAAGAAUCAGUCCAGAACAAGACGGCAAACAGCAUCUUUUCCCCAAGGGACCCUGUUAACUCUGUUGGUUCGCACAUGGACAGCCUUUAUGUUGAUUAUGAUGACGGUGAUGAUAUGAUCGCUUAUGCCGUCAACAGCAGCUUCCUGGAGCUGAGCAGUGACAAAACCAUCAACACAUCUUCAGAGACUCAGUUUCCAAAUGCCACCAUCUUGGUCACUAGUCCUCAAGGGAACAGAACCCACAAAACAAGAAACCGGUUGAAGCUGUUCCGAAAGGGCCAGAAUAUGAGCCCAGCUGAUAUGUACAGGUGGAAACUCUCCUCCCAUGAACCCUGCAGUUCUACCUGCACCACAGGUGUGAUGUCCACCUAUGCCAUGUGCAUCCGCUAUGAUGGAAUUGAAGUGGACGACAUGUACUGUGAUGCAAUGACCCGCCCUGAGCCAGUCCAUGAAUUCUGUGCAGGAAGGGAAUGCCAACCAAGGUGGGAGACAAGUAGCUGGAGUGAGUGCUCCAGGACCUGCGGUGAAGGCUACCAGUUCCGCAUUGUCCGAUGCUGGAAGAUGAUCUCGCCUGGGUUCGACAGUUCCGUCUACAGCGACCUGUGUGAAUCUGCUGACAUCACCCGUCCAGAAGAGAGGAAGAUCUGCAAAAACCCAGCCUGCGGGCCGCAGUGGGAGAUGUCUGAGUGGUCAGAGUGUACAGCCAAGUGCGGUGAGAGGAGUAUUGUCAGCAGAGACAUCCGGUGUUCAGAAGAAGAGAGGCUGUGUGAUGCUAGCACCAGGCCCCUGGCGGAGAAGAAUUGCAGUGGUGCCCCCUGUGACAGACAAUGGACCGUCUCUGACUGGGGACCGUGCAGUGGAGGCUGUGGACAGGGGCGGAUGAUCCGGCACGUCUACUGCAAAACCAGUGAUGGCCGUGUGGUGCCAGAAUCGCAGUGCAACUUAGAAACCAAGCCACUGGCAAUCCAUCCCUGUGGGGACAAGAACUGCCCUGCUCACUGGCUCACCCAGGACUGGGAGAGGUGCAAUACCACAUGCGGCCGGGGGGUCAAGAAGCGAAUCGUCCUUUGCCUGGAGAUUGUCAACGGGAAGCUCAAAACCCGCAACCCAACUGAAUGUGACGUCACCAAGAAGCCAGCUGAGGACACAACCUGCUUUGAACGGCCUUGUUUCAAGUGGUACACGACCCCUUGGUCAGAGUGUACAAAAACUUGUGGCAUUGGCGUGAGGAUGCGAGAUGUCAAGUGUUACCAGGGGAAGGAUCUCGUCCGGGGCUGUGACCCUCUCGUGAAGCCUGUUGGGAAACAGACGUGCGAUCUUCAGCCUUGUCCAACUGAACCACCAGAUGACAGCUGCCAGGACCAAGCGGGGACCAACUGUGCUCUGGCCAUUAAGGUGAACCUCUGCAGCCACUGGUAUUACAGCAAAGCUUGUUGCAGGUCCUGUCGAGCUCCGCAUUCCUAAGACAGGACCAAAGGGAUCCAGUGGUUCUCCAGAGCAUCCAGCGGGACACAGGAGCAGCCAGGUGCGAACUGGGACAGUUCCUGCCUGUCUGCCUACCCAUUAUGCCACAACAUGGAGAGUAAGAGAUGGACGUCCUGUAAUCCAAGACACCUCCUUCACCUCCCCCCUCCCUCCUGGGUUCUGGAAAUGGAGGGACACAUUGUUACAUUUGCUACUACUGUAGAUCAGAACCCCCCCACUCCAUGAGGAAAGUCGCGUUUUGUUUUGUUUUUAAAAAAGACGUCAUGAAUAUUUUCCCCUUUUUAGCUCUUGUUUUCCAAUGGCUAUGUUGUCUUUGAACUUUUGUGCCUCCCCUUCAUCUCCUUUGCAAUUUGAACAGAAUUAGAAUAGCCCUUUCAUCCCUGGCCCUUGGGAGCACUCUUUCCACUUUCUAAUUUUACACACAGGUUUGCAUCGCAGGGCGCCCUGACCUGACCUGCUUAGCAUCAGGUGAGGCACUCCAUCUGGAGCUGCUGAGAAAGAGAUUCUGACACACUGCUGUAAUGACUGAAACACCGUGGUUUGUUCUCCAGCUUACCGUUUUGCAGGGCGGACAUACGUUCCAUCCAGUUAAAAUGCAGAGAUCAGCCAUCCAUCCAUCUUGGCCCUCCCCUUACGUAAAGGAACUUCCUUUCAGAAAUGCAUUGUUGCCAAGCACCACAUGCCUGUUUUAUCCCUGAGAUAGAAAUCCUUUCUUCUACCAUCUCCUGCUAGGUGAUGUCAGUGGCCCAUCUAGUCCAACAUCCUGUUCUCACAGUGGCCAACCAGAUGCCUGCAGGUGCAACAGCAACUCCCCCCACUCAGCAUUUCCAGAAGCUAGUAUUCAGAGGCAUACCACCUCAGACAGUGGAGGUAGAGCUAAGAAGAGCUUUGCUGGGUAAGGCCACCUAGUCCAUUCUAACAGUGACUGCCCAGAUGCCUCAAUGGGAAGCCCACAAGCAGGAGCCAGGCGAAUCAGCACUCUCCCUAUUUGCAACUCUCAGCAACUGGUAUCCACAGUGGAAGAAGAGCAGAGCCAUCAGGGUUGGUGGCCACUGAUCCUCUUCUCCACCAUAAAUUAAUCUUCUUUUAAAGCCAUCCUAGUUGCUGGCCCUCACUGAUGCCAACAGGUUACAUUCUAGACUUGUAAAAGGCAAAGUUUUCUAAACACACAAACAGCACCACCAGGACUGACCCCAUUGUAAUUAAAACACAAUCUCUCUCUCUCUCUCUCUCUCUCUCUCUCUCUCUCUCUCUGCCUCUUCCUCUCUCUUUGACUUCAUCCUCUUGCAAGCUGUCCCUUUCCCUUCUAUUUUCAAUACUAUUCCCCAGCAGCUCAGCACUUAAGGAGCAGAACCUAUUGCUCCCCAGGCGACUCUAAGCCAAAAAGCCCAUUAGAUAUAAUAUGUAGGUGUCUACGUUUUCAGAGAUUAUUUUAUUUUAUUUUAUUGUGUAAUCAAAUCCCAGACCGUGUAGUCCUUUAAUUAAAAGAAAAGACAUAAAGCCAACAAUAGUUGUAGAGUAACGAAAACAUAACAGCAGCACUUUAUAUCACAAAGAGAGUCACGCUCUCUCUCUCUUUUUAAAAGAUAAAGAAAUAAGUAUAUUUGUUUACAAACAGUGAACUUUAUCCCUGUAACCACAGAAACUGUACCCAUUAAGUAUAUUUUAAAAUAAAAGUUGUCAUAUUUAUA